AUGACUGUCGCUGGAUCUUCGAGGCUUGAUAACAAGACUGCCGCCGCCUCCCAGAACAAGCCAGCCCCACGUGUAUGCGUCGCUGAAAUCGCCAUCAAGCAGCUCAUCUCUGAAGAAAAGCUCGCUUCCUCCUCCAGCCGUCCUCUCGCACCCGUCAAUGUCAACAUCCGCAACUCUGCUAACCGAUCAACCUUGCCCUCCCGCACCACCACGUCUUGUUCACCCAAAUCCAGCAGCAAGCCCACUUGGCACAGAAAACUGCGCUCGUCUUCUGUCGACCGCAUUGCCGCCAUCCAAUCUGCUGCGAAAGCAAACAAGUUUGGCUCACUAGUCGGCAAUACAGCCUCUGUGAUGCUCAAAGGCGAGCAACUCAGCAUUCGGCUUCCUCAAAAGCUUCCCUAUCCUCGCCUCAGACCCAACUCUUCCCCCUACGAGGACCUCGUCGCGCACCUCUCGCGUCAUCACUUUUUUCUCGAAGCGCAGCAAGUCGAGCAACUCAAGGUGACACCAGACUACUACCUCACCCAGUACCUCGAGACAGCUCGUCUGGGAAAGUGCAGUCUCUAUCACCAAACCGAGAUCUUUCUCUCGGCGAACAAAGACUACUUGCUCUCGCAAGUGAUCCCAGGUCAGCCUUUGCCAGAGACGGUCCCGAUCGAUGUUACCGACUUGGUGAGCACGUUGCAACGACCACCGACGCACUUGCUUGCGGUACAUUCGGAUCGAGAAGCUGCAACGCUGUAUGCCAUUCAUGGACAAGUGUUGGCGCUCCAGUGUGUAUCCAUCCCCUUUCUAGCCGCUUCGAAAGAGGUGCAUCAAGAUGGAAAGGCGAUAGCACACAUGCCCACGCAAGCGUUGCGCGUUCCAUCCGUCUCGCACUUUAACACGAUCGUGCGCUGGCUGUACAGUCAAUCUACCACUUCGCUCCUGCACGAAUUGCUGCCGCUUGAACACAUCGUUGCCUACCUCUCCACUCGGUCCGCGCGCUCCUCGAUCACUUGCGCCCCACUAUCCCUCGCAAUACAGGACAUUGUAGAAUCCAUGUCAACGCUAUCCACCAAACACUUUCUCCAGCGUCUACUCUUGAUCCAGUCGGUAUGGAAGAACGGCGUUGCGUUGGGCAUCGUCUCGUGCAACUUCUGGUCGACGCUCGAUCACGCGUGGAACCUGACCAUCGGUGCCAUGGUCGCUCGCUCAUCAAGGAGCAAGAGGACCGUCGCUGCCGAACACGUAGGCGCAAACGAACUGACCGUCAAGCUCCAAUCCACCAAACUCGAGUGA